AAAGCAAUCUAGUUGGGUAACGAGUCAGAUAUCACAAAGCUGCAGAUAAAGGAGCAACAAUUCGUGUUGAACUUACUAUUUUUAAUUAAAUCUCUUUAUUGAUCAGUGGCGAAAAGUGUUCCUCUUGCAUCAGCCGAAUAAGACCUUUUUCACCAGAUUUCUUGUGUGAGCAUGUACGACCGAAAAUUAGAAAAAUCAGAAAGUGUUAGUAUCAUCGAAGACCCGAAAAUAAACGUUUGGAACGUCGAGCCCUCGACCUCCGCGAAUAAUUGCAGGAAUUUCAUCAGGGAAAUCGUCGAUAACUUGGAUUUGCAGCCCAAUCCAGAGAAAAGCGUUAUCGCUUUAUCCAUAGGCGAUCCCACCGUUUACGGCAACCUCAAAGCAGCCGAAGAAACUGUAGAAGCCGUCAAAUCAGCGCUGGUAGAGGGCCUGUUCAAUGGAUACGUAGCCAGUUCCGGUCACCAGGAAGCCAAGCAAGCCGUCGCCGAGUACCUCUCCCAAAAUGACGUCCAAAUCGACGCGAACGACGUCAUCUUGUGCAGCGGCUGCUCCUCGUCCCUGGAGCACUGCAUCACAGUCCUAGCCGAUGGCACCAAAAACCAGAACAUCGUCAUCCCGCGGCCUGGCUUUCCCAUUUACAGGACCUUGGCAGAGCACAUCGGCGUGGAAGUCAGGUACUACAAUUUGAUGCCAGAGAACAACUGGGAGGCCGACCUGGACCACCUGGAGUCCCAAAUCGACGAGAAAACGGCGGCCAUCGUGGUCAACAACCCGUCGAACCCGUGCGGAUCGAGCUUCAGCGAGGAGCACCUGCGCAAUAUCUUGGAGAUAGCCUACAGGUACCGGGUGCCUGUCAUAGCCGACGAAAUCUACGAGAACCUGGUGUUCCCCGGCGAGAAGUUCGUAUCGGCCGCCUCCCUCAACUCAGGCGUGCCCAUACUGGUUUGCGGCGGCAUAGCCAAGAGGUUCUUGGUUCCAGGUUGGAGAUUGGGUUGGAUAAUAGUCCACGACGAAUUCGGGGUGCUAAACAACGUGCGCAAAGCGCUGAAUUCGCUCACUCAGCGCAUAAUCGGCAGCAAUACGUUGAUCCAAGGCGCUUUGCCCGCCAUAUUGAAGAACACGCCGCAAAGUUUCUUCGAUUCCUUGAUCGGCACGUUGGCCAACAACGCGAAACUGGCCUUCGAGCGCCUGCAGAGCACCGAAGGCCUGACGCCCUUCAUGCCGCAAGGUACCAUGUACAUGCUGGUGGAGAUACAGAUGGAGAAGUUCCCGGCGUUCGCCGACGGGCUCGAAUUCGCGCAGAAAAUGAUGGAGGAGGAGUCGGUGUUUUGUUUACCUGGUGAAUGUUUUGCCAUUCCUGGUUUCUUGAGGAUCGUACUCACAGUGCCCGAAGAUUUGCUAGAGGAGGCUUGCGCUAGAAUGAUGGAGUUUUGCAAGCGACACUAUAAGCAUUGAUUUUUAAAACACUUGUUUUAAAGAACCAAUACUACCUCUUAAUGUAAUAAUAACACAACGUCUCAGUGAUUUUAUACUGCAUAGUUUUAAGCUGUUAAUUAUAUUCUAGAAUUAAUUAAAAUAUAGGAAAAAGACUUGUAUUUAUUCAAUAUGUACAAAAUGAUGCUACAUACUUGUAAAAAAUGGAAUGGUACUAUUAAGAAAAAGAAAAGAUUAUUCGAGAAAUAACAACAAAAACUUUGGCAAGCGUAGGAAAAAAAGUCCUUCCAACUACCUAAUACUAAACAACCGUAUUCUUCCACGCGACUCGAAGUAGUUCUUCCCGAGAGUAGUUCCCCCGAACCGCAUUCGAGCAAACCACGGCCGUAUAUUUCUAAGGUCUGGAAACUCCCUAUGCUUAUUCAUUAGAGAAUGUGUCCCGUUAUUUGAAGACUUUUUGAGCUUCACUUUUGCGCCGCACCGUGGCGAACGAUCGAAGGACCAACUUAUCUCAGCCAAUCAGCGUCGCGCUA